AUGUACACAUGCCUAACCUGUCAGGCCGAAGGCCUGGAAGAGUUUGGUAAGCAUUUCACAACAACAAGACAUAAAAAUGUGAAAUUCAAUGACAUAGACGAAACCAUCAAGUGUGAGGAGUGUGAUGAUACCAAUAUUCACGGUUUGAAGAUGAUACGAUAUGGCCUAACCGCCAUCACUCUUCGUUGUGCCGAGUGCUCGAAACUGUCUGACCCGGAGGCCGAACUGGCAACGUACUCCCUUUCAAAUGGCUCCCUUUUCACCAAGUUACCUCAGUAUUAUACUUACAGAGACAUCGAAUGCAUGCGUUGCGGGAGCGAUAAAAACGUCAUGGUGGCCGAUAGAGGUCAUGAUAAGUACAUUUACUGUCGUGACUGCCGUGGUCUCACUGAAGAUAUUCCAUCAGGCAUGAGCUGGAUCCCAGAAAACCAUCAAGGAUUCUUGCAGGCCUUGCUUGGUAUCACCGAACAUGUACCUAAGCUGAAGGGCAAGGCGCCGGUACGUAAGGGAAAGAAGAGCGACAAACCCAGGAGGCCAAAGAAGGUGGAUCCUAAUGCGGAGGAGAAGAAGGCGUAUUACGAAGCCAAAAUGGCCACAAAAGCUCAAUUUCAACUGGGUACGACUAUCAAGGCUAAAGGAUCUGAAACUGCAAACUCGAAUCAAGGAAGUCGUUUCUCCCUGAGAGGUAGUACCAAAUCCCCUGUGCUGAGAAAAGAAGCUAGAGGCCCUAUUCCAGAUUCGAAAACAAAGCUGCAUCAAGCGAAAGGCAAGCUGGCCAAUGGCUCAAAGGGGCCUGAAGUAAAGAAUGGUAAGUCAGUCACCGAUAAGCCUGCGUUUAAUGUCAAAAAGGCUGAAAGCACGAAGAAAAAUGGGACCGCCGGGGAAUCCAAAUUAGUGCAACCCACACCUCGCCCUCCUGUUAAGUUACCCGCUGGCAUCUACGAGUAUCAGCCGUCAGCGGAGCCUCGUCUUCAGUAUAGUGAUAUGACCACUUACUACAAUGAGAUGUGCUUCAACUUAUUCCUCGAAGAAAAGGCUGCUCUUGCGAACAAUAACUCCUCGGUGUUACAGAGUGAAGAUUUCGUUUUGGAAUGGUACGCUCAGCAGGACGUCAAACACAAGCAGUACAAGGUUCAAAUCCUUCUCACCCAGGAUAUUCUUGAUCGCUAUAUGUCAAAAAAUUUGCAAGCUGUUAAGAGCACACCUUUCGCUCAAGACCAGGGUAUGAUUCUUGUGUUAGAUGACAGGAUUCCAUGGUAUGGACGGAUUGCCAUGGUCGAUACCUUCAAUCCGGAGAAGCCCUCUCUCAAAAAAGGGCUUUGCGAAAUGGCCAUUGAACUAUACCUGUGGAACACGAUGCCUUUGCCCACUGCGGUAGACGUGAACUACCUCACACUUCUUCCCGUCUCAGUUCCAACCUCGAGGAUAUUUUUCGCUAUGCUGAAGCUUCUGAACCCCAAGUUCAAAGACUUAUUGUUGGGACAGAAAGAGGUUAAGCAGCUUAAUUUCAAGAAUUACUUGCAAUUGACGAAGGAUACAUUUAACGAGUCUCAAAAAGUUGGCUUGCAAUCUGUUUUGAAUAACUCAAUCACUGUCUUGCAAGGUCCUCCAGGCACUGGUAAAACUUCCACCAUUCACGAAAUCAUCUUGCAAAUGUUAGAGAAGAUGCAUACCUCGCCAAUUUUAGUUGUCGCGGCCUCCAACAUUGCAAUCGACAAUAUUGCUGAGAAGCUCUUAGAGAAACACGGGAAGUCGAUCUUAAGAAUCACUUCGUUGCAGAAAGAGAUCGAAUACAACAAAGAACAUCCAUUGGCUUCAAUUUGUUUGCAUCAUAAAGUUUACGAUGGGUUACCUGCCCAUCAGCAAGAGGCGUUGAAAGCUCUCAGAAGACCAAAUGAAAAGAUUUCCAAGGCUCAGUACCUGAAACUUAUGUCAUCGAUCAUCGACUUUUCAAACAGGAUAAUAGCUCUGAGUAAGGUGAUCUUGACGACGACUGUCACCGCUGGUGGUUUGCAAUUGAAAGCUCUCCCCAGAAUUCCGAUUGUUAUCAUGGAUGAAGCCACUCAGUCUUCCGAGCCGUCUACACUUAUCCCUCUUUCCAUGAAUGGGGUUGAAAAGUUUGUUUUUGUUGGAGAUCAUAAGCAACUCAGCAGCUUUUCAGAUAUUCCAAACCUUUCAUUAUCGCUUUUCGAAAGAAUUCUCCGCAAUGGUACUUAUAAAACUCCCCACAUGCUUGAUACGCAAUACAGAAUGCAUCCGGCCAUUAGUGAAUUCCCAAGACACAAGUUCUACAACGAUCUACUUAAAGAUGGUAUCACGGCUGAGCAUCGAAUCAAGGAAGGAAUCCCCGCUAACCCUGUGACUUUCUGGGACACGAAUGGCAAAAAACCAGAGAAGAUUGUUUGGAGCAGAUUUAAGAGCGAAGGUGGUAUGACUUACGCGAACCAGGGUGAGAUCUUGAGUAUCGAGAAAGUGUUGAUGACUCUAAUUUAUGACAAGGGCAUCAAAAAGUCUAACAUCGGUGUGAUCACGCCUUAUAGAGGUCAAAGAGACUUAAUUUCAAAUACAUUGGUGAAAAAUGACCUUAUCAAUCCAGAUAAAGAUGUCAUUCAUGAGGAUGUUGAUCGUGAUGACUUUUUUGACACCUCUAAGCCCGUCACCAUCCACACUGUCUCCGAUAUAAUGAUUGCUUCUAUCGAUGCCUUCCAAGGAAGAGAAAAGGAUUUCAUGAUCAUGUCUUGCGUACGCUCCAAUAAGGAUAAUAAGGUGGGUUUUUUGAAGGAUGAAAGGAGACUCAACGUCGCAUUAACUAGAGCACGGUACGGGUUGAUCAUUAUUGGAGAUGCAACCUGUUUGAGAAAUGACCCCUUGUGGAACGAGUAUAUCGAACACCUUACCUCGAAAGGGCUGUUACUUUCUGGGGACGAGUUUGUGUACUCGUGA